AUGCCUGGCACUCUCCGUCGGUCGCAUAACGACUCCAAGGUCGCGAUGAAGUCCCUCAAACCCGAUCUGUACCUCAUCGCGAACGAGGAUACGAUCUACGAGCAGGACAUCCUCCGGAAUCCCGGAAGCGUCCGACCAUGGCUGACCUACAUCGACUUCAAAAUGCGCAAUGGCACGAUCCACGAGCAGGCGUUCGUACAAGAGAGGGCGUGCAUACAGUUACCGCGGUCAUACAAGCUGUGGAAAAUGUAUUUGGAGUUCCGGAUCAAACAUCUAAAAAAGAAAAAUCCAGUCAAAUACCGGACCGAGUUCAACAAGGUCAACGCCCUGUUUGAACGGGCCCUCAUUCUGUUGAACAAGAUGCCGGUCAUCUGGGAGAUGUACCUGGCCUUCCUGCUGCGACAACCCUAUGUCACCAAAACUCGAAGGACCUUCGACCGGGCACUCCGCGCUUUGCCAGUCACGCAACACAACCGAAUCUGGAAGCUCUACAAAUCCUUUGCCAACUCAGCUGGAGGGGAGACGGCAGUGAGAGUAUGGGCUCGCUAUGUCCAGGUGCAUCCGGAAGACAUGGAAGACUACAUCGAACUACUCAUCGAGACGGGACAUUAUCUCGAGGCGGUGAAAAGGUACAUUCAGAUAUUGAACAACCCCAAGUUCGUAUCAAAACACGUCAAAAGCGAGUUUCAGCUGUGGAGCGAGAUGGUCGAGCUCAUGGUCGACAAGGCUCGACAUAUCGGUAAUAGCUCGGUGGCCGGUUUCGACCCUGAUACCAUUAUCCGAAGCGGCAUCGAACGAUUUGCCGACCAACGCGGCAAACUGUGGGCAGGCCUGGCAACCUACUGGAUCACCCGUGGAGAUUUUGAGAAGGCGAGAGACGUUUUCGAGGAGGGAAUUACCACCGUGAUGACGGUGCGUGAUUUUACCAUGAUCUUUGACGCGUAUGUCGAGUUCGAGGAGUCUAUAUUGUCCACCCUGAUGGACGCUGCGUCUGCCCGUGCAGCCAAGGGAGUUGUCGACCCUGACAAGGACUUUGAGCUCGAUCUGAGAAUGAUGCGGUUUGAACAUUUGAUGGAUCGGAGACCAUUCCUGGUCAACGACGUCCUGUUACGGCAGAACCCCAACAACGUGGUCGAAUGGGAGAAACGGGUCGCUCUCUGGAACGAUAACAAGCAAGAGAUUGUUCAAACAUACGCCGAUGCAAUUGCAGCCGUCGCACCGAAAAAGGCUGUUGGGAAGUUCCACGAACUGUGGCUGAAUUACGCCAAAUUCUACGAGGAAGCUGGCGAUUUGGACACGGCACGCAUGAUUCUCGACAAGGCGGUCAAGGUGCCCUACAAAUCCGUGGCCGAGCUUGCAGACACGUGGAUCGGCUGGGCGGAGAUGGAGCUGAGGAACGAGAAUUUUGACGGUGCGAUGAAAGUUAUGGCGACCGCCACCAAAGCCCCGAAACGCAGCACGGUCGACUAUUUUGACGAGACCCUCUCGCCGCAGCAGCGCGUGCACAAGUCUUGGAAAGUCUGGUCGUUCUACGUCGACCUGGUCGAAUCGGUGGGUUCCCUGGACGACACGAGGGCCGUCUAUGAUCGCAUCUUCGAACUGCGAAUCGCCACCCCGCAAACGGUCGUCAACUAUGCCAACCUCCUCGAAGAGCACGGCUACUAUGAAGAAUCCUUCAAAGUAUACGAACGAGGCCUCGACGUGUUCACCUACCCUGUCGCGUUCGAGUUGUGGAAUCUGUAUUUGACGAAAGCCGUCGACCGCAAGAUUGGCAUUGAGCGACUGAGGGACCUGUUCGAGCAAGCCGUCGAACAGUGUCCUCCUUCAUUCGCCAAACCGAUCUAUCUGAUGUACGGCAGUCUCGAGGAAGAGCGAGGGUUGGCCCGUUCAGCCAUGCGAAUCUACGAACGCGCCACACGCGCCGUGAGCGACGAAGACCGUCUAUCUAUGUUUGAGUUUUACAUCACUAAAUCAGCCACGAACUUUGGACUGACAUCUACCCGUCCCAUCUACGAACGUGCCAUCGCCGCCCUGCCCGACAAGGAGGCCAAGAUCAUGUGUCUGAAGUUCGCAGAGAUGGAGCGUCGUCUGGGAGAGAUUGAUCGCGCAAGAGCGAUCUAUGGCCACGCAUCUCAAUUCGCAGACCCACGAGUCGACAGAGGGUUCUGGGAGACGUGGGAGAAAUUCGAGGUGGCCCACGGAAAUGAGGACACCUUUAAAGAGAUGCUCAGAAUCAAGAGAUCUGUGGCCGCCCAGUUCAACACAGAUGUCGCGUUCAUCGCAAGCCAGGCAGUUGCGCGGGGCCAAGCCGCGGCUGCGGCUGCCGGUGAGGGAGAGGGGGUGGGAGCUGAACAGAGGGAUGGAGAAGUGCAGGAUGCGAUGGCUGCGUUGGAAAGACAGGCGAGGGCGCCGGUCGGCUUUGUGGCGGCGAGCACAGGACCCGAAGGUGGGAAUCGAGCAGCGCCGCCGAACACGGUUGACGAGACGGACCACACCGCUGACCAGGACGCGUCUGCCAACCCGGAUGCCCUCGACGUCGACAUUGACGACGAUUGA